AUGCAAAGAGAACUUGAUAGUUUAAGAAAAGUUGAAAAGACAUAUGCUGUAAAAACUCGCGAGUUGGAACUUGACAAUGAUGAUUUAGAAAGAACAGAAAGAGCUGCAAAAAGUUCAUUGCAAGAUUUAGAAAACAAAUAUAAUAAAGCAAUAGAGCAUGGUGAAUAUGGCCCACCACCACCAUCAUCAGCUUCCCAACUAUAUUCAAUACAUAAGACAGAAUUAUCACGCUCACCAUCACAUGUGUCUAUCGAUUCAAAUUCAUCUGAUGUUAGUCCAAAUCCGGUAAAAAUGGUACAAGAAAUGGUUGGCAGGGUCAAGAGUUUGGAAGCACGUUUAGUAUCAUGUCGUUCACUAGUUACACCUUUAUUAGCACCACCCCCAUCAUAUAGUACAACAAUGCCAUUACAAAAUGGUAUAAAUUCACCCCCAUUAUCACCAAAAAUUUCACGUUUUGAUUCACCUUACAUCACAUCUCUGAAAGAAAAAAGACGUAAUUCUGUUCAAAAAUCAAAAUUUAAUAUUUCACCUACUCCAACUAAAUUAAGCUCAUUUGGCAGGGUUUAA